UUUAAAAUUAAAAAACUUUCGUCGACUCCCAAGCGCAGCAAAUCGAAUGAAGCUUUCUUCUGAAAUUUCUGUCCAUCACCUCUCAUCUUCUCCCAUCGCCAGAUCGCCUCUCAUCUUCGUACAUCACCUCUCAUCUUCGAAUUACGUCGCCGCCGCCUUUCGUCCGCCAUCUUCCUCUCUCACCACCGCUGCAAGGUCUCUCUGCUUCACCGCCAACUUCACCCACACAUCCUUCUUUUUUUAUAUUUCUAUCUAGCUGCAGGGAUGAUGUGAUUCCCAAUGAUGGAGCGCAAAUGGAGUGAUUCCGACUACAAAGGGGCUAAAUCCGAGCUUUGAGGGUUAUGGAUACGAUGGGCGAGCAUCGAGGGCAGUGAUCGACCGCUGCCGGUUUCGGAUCUGCCAACCUCGGUGGAUGACGGCUCAGGUUUGGCGAUGCCGGUCCUGGAUCUGCCGAAUCCACCGUCCUCGAAGUUGGAAAAGACUUGAGGGACCGAUAAGAGGCGGGGCAGGGGAGGGUGCUGGAGACAGGGGCUGGGUGGGAUCUGAUGUGAAGGGCUAGGGGCGGGGAGUGGGGGCUGGGUAGCGAUUCGGUGUGUAGCUCUAGGGGAGGGGAAGGGGCCGGGGACUAAAGUAUGCUGCUAAGGGUAAAACAGUGGGCUGGGAUGGGGCAGGAUUGCGGUUGUGGACGGGAUGGGGACGGCGGUGGAGGAUGGAGCAGCGGCUGCUAAGGACGGGGCGGCGGUGGAAGUCGUAGUGUUGUUGUUGGCGACUUGGCGGUGCGGCGCCAAAAAACAUUCUAACAGUUACACUGAUGAGGGCGGCGGCAGUCGGAGUAUCUUCCGGUGGGCGGCGUCAUUGUGGCCGCUGGCGGUCAUUGGUCGGAGGUAACAGUGGAUGUCAAUGUAUUCGUGUCACUAUGUCCAGAAUUUGGGGCGGAGAUGUCACUGUGGCGGCGGCGGCGGCGGCGGCAGUGGUGACCCGGGCAAUGGAGGCAGAGGUGAUACGACUGCAGUGACAUGUCGGCAGUGACACGGCGAUGGCGGCAUAGUGGCAUCCGACAGUAACAUGAAAGUGGUGCAGCCGUGCAGUGACAUGAAUAAGCAUCUUAGAAGCUGUUCUGUUCGUCUUAAUCUUAUUACUUAUAGCUUAUUCUUAUUUUAUUCAGAUCAGAUCAGAUCAGAAAAAUUCAGAUCAGAUCAGAUCAGAAAGAUUCAGAUCAGAUCAGAUCAGAUCAGAAUCAUUCAGAUCAGAUCAGAAACAUUCAGAUCAGAUCAGAAACAUUCAGAUCAGAUCAGAAACAUUCAGAUCAGAUCAGGAACAUUCAGAUCAGAUCAGGAACAUUCAGAUCAGAUCAGAAAAGUUCAGACAUGAUUUAUCCC